ACCAAGGAAACUAUUCACCAAAAAACUAUAGGCUAUAUAUAAAAAUUGCAUCCCAGGGACAUCAGCAUCAAUUAAAAAUACAAGAACCUAGAGAUAUAAAUGUAAUCAAUACCCCCAACGAAAUUCCCUUCUAGCCUUUCUUAACGCAUUAAAAGAAAAUCACAACGGAAGCCUAAUGGGUGCCUGUGUAUCCUCAACUUCAAACCCCAAAUCAGGUAAGCCUGUGGGAGCAGGAGGAGGAGAAGGGUCGAGCACGAUCAGACGCUCAUCAACAACGUCCGCCAAGGUGGUUCACAUCGAUGGUCGUGUUCAGGAGUUCAGGCAACCAAUCCAAGCCAAGGGCGUCGUUUCCCAGAACCCGAACUGCUUCCUUUGCAGCUCAGAGUGCAUGUCCGUUGGCACCUGCGUGCCCCGGCUGCCUGAUGAUGAGGAACUCCAACCGGGACAAAUUUAUUUCCUGUUGCCACUCUCCCAAUCCGACAAACCUCUUUCCUUACCAGACUUGUGUUCUCUUGCCAUCAAAGCUAGCACUGGCAUAAGGAAAGACAGUGUUGACCUCUCCUACAGUAAUUCAAAACUCAUUCCCCGGUGAUCAAAGUGGGAAGAUGACAUGUUCAUUAGCAGAGAGAUUCAGUAAUUUUUUUGGCUAAUGGUUUUGUAAUUUCCGUCAUAAAUGUGAUUAAUAUUAUUUGAUAUAGAUUGUAAAAAGUCAACGGGUUUGGAUUGGUAUAUCACUUUCCUUGAACAAGUAGCUGUCCGUCUAACUUUUGUAGGCCUAUUGAUCAACCAUUCCACUCGUUAGAAACAAUAAGUACUACGGCCAGCUUGCCAACGCAGCCAGGGUGGCCUGUUCUAGUA